CACGAAAAGAAAAUAAACACCACCCGAAAGUGAUAUCGAAGCAUUUCAGUGGAAGCAUAGCAACUUUCCGCCGCCGCAUGGGCCGGAGAUUUUCGCCGUUGCCGGACUAGUAGGUUACAUCUAUAUAUUAACUAAGUCGGUGGAUCUUUUUGGAUUGCAUUUAUAUAUUUUUUUACAAACAUUAUAGAAUUGGUCAGUGCUUGAACAGUUGUAGAAUUAGGGUUAGCCAAAAUCCUUCAUUUUGCUUUUGGUGUGAUUGAAACAAGAUAAUCUUUUUUGUUUUGCUUGUUCUUCUUCAAUGGCUAUCUUGGACGAGGGUCUGAAGAAGCUUGAGUAUUUGUCCCUGGUCUCCAAGGUCUGCUCGGAGCUUGAGACUCACUUAGGGUUUGGGGACAAAGUUCUUGCUGAGUUUAUUACCGAGUUGGGUCGAAAUUGCGAAACUGUGGAUGAAUUUGAUGCCAAAUUGAAGGAAAAUGGUGCCGAAAUGCCAGAUUAUUUUGUCCGUACGCUGCUAACUAUCAUUCACGCAAUUCUUCCUCCGAAGUCCAACUCUGAUAAGGGUUCGAAGGAAGAUAAUGGUUCUGAUGGUAAUAAGGGCAAGUUUCAAGCCUUGGCCAUAGCUGAUGACAGGGAUAGAGUGAAAGAGCUUCAGAAGGAGAUUGAAAUGGAAGCCCGAGAGAGGCAUAGAGGAGAACAUGGUGAGGAGCAAGAUGAAGAUAGACGCAGAGGUAGAGAUCGAGAUCGUGAUAGAGAUAGAGAUAAAUAUAGAGGCAGAGAUCGUGAUCAUCAUCGAGAUAAGGACAGAGACAACAGAGAUAGACGCAGGGAUAAAUACAACGGGGAUGGAAGGGGUAGGGACAAGGAUGAUGAUGAUGGUGAUGAUAGAGGAAGGCAUAGAGAUUGUCACGACAAGCAUAGAAGAGAUGGUUAUGAAGAUAAUGCAGAGUUUAGGGAGCGUGGUGAUGAUAGGCGAGGCAGUAAGGAUUCAAGGAAUAGGCAGUUCCAAUCUGAUGAGCCGGAGCUUUAUAAGGUUUAUAAGGGAAGGGUGUCAAGAGUGAUGGAAACUGGGUUCUUUGUUCAAUUGAGUGACUUGAGGGGUAAGGAGGGUUUGGUCCAUGUUUCACAGAUUGCAAGUAGGCGAAUUGCUAAUGCCAAGGAAGUUGUGAAGAGGGAUCAAGAGGUAUAUGUGAAAGUGAUUUCGAUUUCAGGUCAAAAGUUGAGCCUUUCAAUGAGGGAUGUUGAUCAGGAUACAGGGAAGGAUUUGCUCCCCUUGAAGAAGAGCCUGGAGGAUGAUGCUUUUAGAGCAAAUCCGUCAGGGUCUAAGGAGGGGGCCGUGACUAGGACUGGUCUUUCUGGGAUUAGGAUUGUGGAAGAGAAUGAUAUUGUAACAACUCGUCGACCAUUAAAGAGAAUGAGCUCUCCAGAGAAAUGGGAAGCUAAGCAGUUGAUAGCCUCUGGUGUUUUGGGUGUUAGCGAGUAUCCUAUGUACGAUGAGGAAGGAGGAGAUGGAAUGCUAUAUCAAGAAGAGGGUGGGGAGGAAGAGCUUGAGAUUGAGUUGAAUGAGGAUGAACCAGAAUUUUUGCAAGGACAAAGUAGGUAUUCUGUUGAUAUGUCACCUGUGAAAAUUUUUAAGAAUCCAGAAGGAUCAUUGAGUCGGGCAGCUGCACUUCAGUCUGCACUUAUUAAGGAGCGUAGAGAAGUAAGGGAGCAGCAGCAACGAACUAUGCUGGAUUCCAUUCCCAAGGAUCUGAAUCGUCCGUGGGAAGAUCCAAUGCCAGAGACUGGUGAAAGGCAUCUUGCUCAAGAGCUUCGGGGUGUUGGCUUGUCAGCCUAUGAUAUGCCUGAGUGGAAGAAGGAUGCUUUUGGUAAAACCAUCAGUUUUGGGCAGAGAUCAAAACUCUCAAUUCAGGAGCAAAGGCAAAGCCUUCCAAUCUACAAGCUAAAAAAAGAACUGGUUCAGGCAGUUCAUGAUAAUCAAGUUUUGGUUGUCAUUGGUGAGACUGGCUCUGGCAAAACAACUCAGGUUACACAAUAUCUUGCUGAAGCUGGUUACACAACUAGGGGUAAAAUUGGGUGCACUCAACCCCGUAGGGUAGCUGCCAUGUCUGUGGCCAAAAGGGUAGCUGAAGAGUUUGGUUGUAGGUUGGGUGAGGAAGUUGGGUAUGCAAUUCGUUUCGAGGAUUGUACUGGACCAGAGACAGUCAUCAAGUACAUGACUGAUGGUAUGCUUCUAAGGGAGAUUUUGAUCGACGAGAAUCUUUCUCAGUACUCUGUGAUCAUGCUUGAUGAAGCUCACGAGAGGACAAUUCAUACUGAUGUUCUCUUUGGAUUACUAAAACAACUUGUGCAGCGGAGGCCAGACCUUCGUUUGAUUGUCACCUCUGCCACUUUGGAUGCUGAGAAAUUUUCAGGAUAUUUCUUUAACUGUAACAUCUUCACCAUCCCUGGUCGAACUUUUCCUGUUGAGAUACUCUACACCAAACAACCAGAGAGUGAUUACCUAGAUGCUUCUCUUAUCACAGUGUUACAAAUCCACUUGACGGAACCCGAAGGUGAUAUUCUUCUCUUUUUGACUGGACAAGAGGAGAUUGACUUUGCCUGCCAGUCUCUUUAUGAGAGAAUGAAAGGUUUAGGUAAAAAUGUUCCAGAAUUGAUUAUUCUACCUGUGUAUAGUGCCCUUCCUAGUGAAAUGCAAUCAAGGAUAUUUGAUCCUGCUCCUCCUGGGAAGAGGAAAGUGGUUGUUGCUACUAACAUUGCUGAGGCAUCAUUGACUAUUGAUGGUAUAUACUAUGUUAUUGAUCCUGGAUUUGCAAAGCAAAAUGUGUACAAUCCAAAGCAAGGGUUAGACUCACUGAUCAUAACACCGAUUUCACAAGCAUCAGCCAAGCAACGAGCUGGCCGUGCUGGUCGUACAGGCCCUGGAAAAUGUUACCGCCUUUACACUGAAAGUGCAUACCGUAAUGAGAUGUCUCCUACUUCAAUUCCUGAAAUUCAGAGGAUAAAUCUUGGAUCAACUACACUUAAUAUGAAAGCAAUGGGUAUAAAUGAUCUUUUAUCUUUUGAUUUUAUGGACCCCCCUGCGCCCCAAGCUCUCAUUUCUGCCAUGGAGCAGUUGUACAGUUUAGGAGCACUGGAUGAAGAGGGGCUUCUUACUAAAUUGGGAAGGAAAAUGGCUGAGUUUCCUCUUGAGCCACCAUUAUCUAAGAUGUUAUUGGCCAGUGUGGACCUUGGAUGUAGUGAUGAGAUCUUGACUAUCAUUGCUAUGAUUCAGACAGGAAACAUCUUUUAUAGGCCUCGUGAAAAACAAGCCCAAGCAGAUCAGAAGAGGGCCAAGUUUUUCCAACCAGAAGGAGAUCACCUGACCUUACUUGCCGUCUAUGAGGCUUGGAAAGCUAAGAACUUUUCUGGGCCAUGGUGUUUUGAGAAUUUUGUUCAGUCUCGUUCCUUGAGGAGAGCACAGGAUGUCAGAAAACAACUCCUUACCAUCAUGGACAAGUAUAAAUUGGACGUUGUGAGUGCAGGAAAGAAUUUCACAAAAAUCAGAAAAGCAAUUACAGCAGGAUUUUUCUUCCAUGCGGGUAGAAAGGAUCCACAGGAGGGUUACAGAACUCUGGUUGAGAAUCAGCCUGUGUAUAUCCACCCGAGCAGCGCUCUUUUUCAGCGACAACCGGAUUGGGUCAUUUACCAUGAGCUUGUUAUGACUACAAAAGAGUACAUGCGUGAGGUCACAGUUAUAGACCCAAAAUGGCUAGUUGAAUUGGCUCCAAGAUUCUUCAAAGUAGCCGAUCCUACAAAGAUGAGUAAGCGCAAACGCCAAGAACGUAUUGAACCACUCUACGAUAGAUACCACGAGCCUAACUCAUGGCGAUUAAGUAAAAGGCGCGCUUGAUUCUUGUUUCAUAUGCUAACUGUUCACCUAUCACCUUGUUUCUUUCUUUCUUUCUUAUUUGCUUUUGAUAAUUGUGAACUUGCCCAUUGAAGCUGGAUGUAUGAGAUUUGGGUUUAAUAGCAAAUACCGAGUAAUAGAAAGAGUAAGCAUUAUUUGCAUAGGUAGUUUUACUUGUAAUAUGCUAUCAGUGCUGACUGUCAAAAAAAUUCUUGUAAAUGUAAAUAACCCACUAUUUUCAUGAGGUUGUUUACUAGUUUUGAUUUUUGAUUUUAUUUUUUAUAAUUAGAAUCCUCGUGGUGGUUAUUUU